AAACGAUUCCAAAAAGCAGAUACCAACAAUGGCUUAAAUGCUAUAGGAUGCAUGAUUACAUUUUAACAACAGAUUGAACCUUCUCUACCCAUUUACUGCUCAACUAAAUCAUCAUCACCACCACUACAUAAUGAAAAGCGGGAGGAUUUAAAAACAUGUAUAUAUUCACAUGUAAUUGGUAAAUGUAAAAAUGAAAUGAUAAUAUUCCACAGUAUCGAUGACGGUGGUUUCACGGCUGACGGAAAACACGCUACCUGGUUGAGAUUUAAUUUUGUGUAAGCAACACAAGAGAGAAAACACUUGAAAUAGAAUAAAUAUAUGAUUUUGUCUUUCUCACUAUCAUAAAAACAUUCUUUUUCAAGAAAUACUCCAUGGAAUAACAAUGUCUUUAGAAUUUUAAAUGUAAAAGAUCAAGCUAUUCAAACAAAUUUUCAUUGACAUUUUUACAUCGAGUUGGACUGUGCAACCUUCAAGAAUCAAUUUCCAAGGGAAUAAAGACACUGGAUAUUUUACUUAUCAAUAACAUAAAAACACAAAAGGAGGUAACUACAAUGGAUGAUAGAGAACAACCGCAUGCAGAAGUUGUAUUCAUGGGAGAAGGUAGAGUGGGAAAAACUGCCCUAAUUCAGAGAAUAAUCAAAGGACCAAGUUCCAAUACCUGGGACGAUAAAUAUGAACCGACUAUCGAAGAUUCAUUUAUUCGAGAGUUUGUAGUUAAAGGAAAUUUAUGUCGACUGAGACUUAUCGAUACUGCAGGCAGUUACAUGUUUCCAGCAAUGAACAGACUAUGGCAUCGAAGAGGUUCUGCUUUUGUACUUGUUUGUGCUAGAGAUGACUCGUCAAGUUUGGAUAGAAUUAAAACAAUUCUGAAGGAAAUCCAAGAAGAGAGACCAGAAGAUUACAGAAAAUUAAUUAUAGUUAUAGUCGUCAACAAAAACGACAUUAGAGAAAGUGAAUGGUUGAUAACAGAUGAAGAAGUAGAAUCAGUAGCAGAUGAAUCACAAAUACCAUUUAGUUCGAUUAUUUCAGCAUCAGCCCGUGAUAACUACGGUGUCAUAGAUAUUCUAAAAGUGAUGUGGAAAAAAAACCAAGAAGCUGGAGAAAAUGGAAUUAUUUUUGAUCCGUUGCCUGCUCAUGCUGACCUAACCGAUGGGAGAAGAAGAGCAAGUGCGUUUGCAGUGCUCUUUAGGAACUCAUCAACUAAAGGAGCAACAGUUUUUCAUAUUGAUAGCAGAGAAGGUCCUAGACAUUCGUGUACACCAACAAACAACAGAUUAGCAAUUAAUACGAGUACAAAUUUAAAUAAUGAAAGUUCGUUUGGAACGACAUUUAUCAAAAAACUAGGACGACUAAGUCUUGGAGGACAUCGGAAUACCAAACGAGACAAAGCCAACCUAGAACCUGCUGUCAUUAAACUAGAUUGUACUAUAUCCUGAGACUAUGUUAUAUUUUAAAAACUGAUCUGUUAUUUGAAUAAGUGAAUGCUUUUUAAAGAUUUUGAACUUUUCGCCUAUCUAGCCGUAAUGAAAACUAACUUUGAUGUAAGUCUAUACCAAAAAUGGGUGCUUAUGCAGUGUCGAAUACCGGUAAGCGUUACACAAAAGUGGAAUAUUUUCCAUUCGUAUUAGACUCGUGUACGACUCCUAAUGUAAACCACGGGAGCAAGUGGUGA